AUGCUCAGCACAGAUGCGUUUGAAGAAUUUUCGAAACUCUGCCCCAUCCCUUCAGUGCUCGGUCAACUAAUCCUUCCCUCUGGACCUACUGUCAGUGACGUUAUACAGUUUCAUGGCUUGCCGACUCUCACCCACGAGAUUAUCCCCCUAAGCUUUGGCAAUGAUGUGACCCUUCUUACUGAACAUAACCUCCACAUACUACGUGCCAUGCGUGUUCCACCAAUGAAACAGCUGAAUGAACUGCUUCGUAGCGCUAUCAGUGCUCUUGAACGCGGAUGCUCAACUGUUCAAUACUCGAGCCCAUCAAGCAUGCAUUUGUCUCGCUCUCUUGCAUUUCCACUUUGGAUCAUCUCAUGGUGGUGUCAAAUUCAUACAAUUUCCGAAGCGCAAUCAUCUUGGAAAGAUGCUCUCGGGUUUCUCGACCAGCUGAAGCGGAGAGAGCCAUUAGCUGAAGAGCUCAUUGCCCGAAUUCUUGCACUGCACUGGAAUGCCGAACUUCCUAGUGCUUUAGGUGGUAACAACACCACCAGCACCAUGACGAUGACCACUCUUGCACAUUACUGCGGGCAGAAAUGGUUGAAAACUUGCCAUCUUGAGCAAAUGACUGCCGUUCUGCAACACCGUCUAGACGAUGCUGGCCUCCAGGGUGCAAUGAUCGUGGAGCCAGACUUUUUCCGAUCCAUCGCAAUGAAAUAUCGAAAUUCAGACGAGAACAAAAACUACUCAGUGUCGCAACGGUUGACCGCUGGAUCCUUGUCGUGCCUUGGCUUUGCUGUCUGCGUGCAAAUGGACCGUGGCAAAACUGUCCUGGCGAAUGAAGAUGCUGGUAUUCGGGGUAACCAUUGGAUUGCACUAGUGGUGGAUACUGUGGAAGGAAAGAUUGGGUACUCCGACUCAUUUGACUCCCCACUGCCUACCGAAGUCAUCAAUAUUCUGUACUGGUGGCUGGCGCGACAUGGAUUUGACAGGUUUGAGAUUGUUUCCUUGCCAUUCACACGGCAGAAAGACAGCUUUUCCUGCGGAAUCUUGAGCAUUGAUGCAAUCAGUCAUUACUUCCUUCCCGAAACACCAUUGCUAUCACCGAGCGAAUGUAUCACUGGACGGCUUCGCAUGCUGAAGAACAUCUUAGAUUUUAUAGACACUGUCAUUCCUUCCAGUAACACGGUCUCUGCAUCAGCUGCUACUCAGGCUAUUUCCCCCCCUCCACUCCCUCACUCUGCGCCACGGCACCAUCAGUCAAAGUCUUCGAUAUCAACUGAUCCCGAUGCUCCCAAGACUCUCUUGGACUAUUACAUGGAUCGACUUGUCCCGAAAGGUGUUGAAACACCUAGUAUAUCCAAGCGGAAGCGCGACAGUGAUGAAUCCGAUUCUGAUAUGCCCGACGAUGCCGAAUUUCACUUUGAAGAUAUUCCUGAUACUACAAAACAUAAAGACAAGAAUGGCAAAGAUGUCGGUGGUCGUCCCAAAGACGAGAUGAUGGAGAAGCUCACUGUCAAAACCUGGAAGACUUAUAGCUCUGGAAUAUUGCCUAAAAAGAAGGGAUUCCGCUGCGCUACACCGGGUUGUAGAGAAUUUCAUGCUACUCGGAAUAAAGAGCGUGUUGCAAAACAUAUUCUUCGAGAUUGUAUCAGGGCCACAGAUGAGAUGCGCCAGAUGGUCUCGGCAUACUUCCAGGAUCUUGCGCCAUCCAAUCAGUUGAAGCAGAUGCAAGCAAAGCUUGUUACAAAGACCGUGACCACUGGGAGUGAUGUCCGCGCUGUGAAAACCUUACGACUGAAAUCGACGGAGUCAGGGGGGGCUGACAAAUUGGGAAAUGACACAGCGACUGCCGAGGAAUCAAAUUUGGUGGAAAAAAUGUAUGAGUUAUCGACUCGAAAAGGGCGAGAAGCACGGAACAAGCUGAUGGACUUGAAACUUGUCAUUCUGUUCUGCGCUGGAGGAUUGCCAACAAGCCUGGCCGCACAGUGGUAUUGGGCUGAUAUCUGGGCACUGGCAGAUCCCAAAUACCCAUUGCCAACUCGCGACCGGCUUGAUAAUAAGCUCAUUCCAUCUGAACAAGCGGCUAUAGCUGAUAUUCAGCUCAAAACACUGCGGAAUGAAUGGAACCUUACUAUUUCAUUUGAUGGUGGAACAACUACCGGUCGGGAGGCAUUCUGGACUGUCCAUGUGUCUGAUAUGAAGCGCAAUGUAUAUUUGCUGGAGGGGAGAGAAGCGACUGGAGUAUCACAUACCGGGGUCUGGAUCAAGGAUUUAGCGCUUGAGGUUAUGGAUCGGAUUGGACGAGAGCGUUUCUCUGGGGCUACCUCUGAUAGUACCGGAAGCACUCACCUCUGCAAGAAACUUCUCGUUGAGGAGGUGAAGACAGUCAUCCCCAAUCCAGAUAUAUGCCAUUAUAUCAGUAAUCUCAUAAAGGAUGUUGUUCGCAUCGAUUUCUUUGAGACGACUAUUAAAGUUGUCCGGGGAACUAUUCAUUUCUUUCAUAUGUCACAUAUGGGCAUUCAUGAAUUUAAAAUUGCACGCUCUGAUCUGAAUAUUGGUAGAGGCUUAGAGGCGGUUGGGAAGACACGAUUUGGAACCAUUAUCUACUCCUCGAAGUCUGUUCAACGCUGCACGCCAGCUAUCCAAAAGGUUAUCGAGCGAGGAAGGGCAGAUUUCUCGAAACUCGCGGAUUAUUUCGGCGCACCCAACAAAUCUAGCGGAAUCCAGUCCAUCAAAGCGCUUACAUUUCAAUCCCAUCUCAGCCAACUCGUCUCAUUAGGGACACCACCUAUAAAAUCACUCGCAUGUCUGGAGUCGAACGAUGCCAAUGCUGGCGAUGUCUGUCUAUUUUGGCAUGCAACAAUCGGAGAGAUGAUCGACUUUAUCUCUAACGAGGAGAAUCAUUUUCCUGAUAAUGUCCGCGACGAGCUUCUGGAUAUAAUACAUCAUCGGCAUAAUGAUUUGUUCGUAAAAGGGGGCACUUACUAUACCCCAUUAUAUCUGGCUGCUGCGUAUCUGAAUCCUGCCAAUCUUCAGAGUGAUGUCUUCAAACCUGAAUCAGCCGAUAAGUCUUUACAAGAUGUUCAGUACCCUUCUAUUCACAAGUUUGCGAGUACAUACCUCGGUGGACUUGCUGCUGAAGAAAUCAAAGGUGGGGCACGGCCGGAGUUCGAAAAGUGGUGUGGCCGAGGCGCAGAUUUCAAGCGGACAUGGAAAGAUGAGAUGCUUCGAUACUCUCAACGCCAAUACCCAUAUAAUACUCCGAUUGAUGAAAGCCAGCCAUUCGCUGUGAUCAAAUGGUUCGAAAGAAUCAUUGCUGGAGACUUAACAGGAGGUCAGCUGCUUCCGCACGUCGCAAUCAAAGUCUAUUCCGUUCGGGUUAACUCGAUGCCAGAGGAACGUACAGUAUCCAAGUUCACCGCCAUGACGCCGAAGCAGCGCAGUCAACUGAAAGUGUCGACUAUGACAGCUAUUACUCAGAUUGGCCAGUUCUACACAAAUGAACAUAAUGCUCGAGUGAGGAAGGAAAGGGAUGAGAGGGCUACGAGCAUCAAGUUCAGUAGUGUCCGAAAAGCACUUGAUCAAGAAACGCACGACAAAUCUCUAGUUGUAGAGACUCCAGCAAACGACGAAACAUCGGAUGAGUGGCUGGACGCCGACCAUACACGAGCUCCUGCACGGCCAGACAAGUAUGCUGCCAUCAAAACACCCAUUAAUUUUGCUUCAAAACGUGUUACUGCAAUGUUGGCUGUGUCGGAGGGCACCUCAAGGCAUAGGGCCGAGUCAGAAGAAAAAGCUUCGCCUGUUCAGGCAGAUCCAAUUUUGUACCGUACAGGCAUGCUGGAAAGACUCACUGCGACUACCAAGGUGAUCGUCAUCAUAGCCACAUCUGCCAUUUACAUCAACGAGAUUCAUGCUUUAUUUACGCUUGGCACUACAUACCAAGGGGACACGGACACGACAAUUGCCGUGCGAAACUUUGUUCCUUUACGUCUGUCUCCCGCUGAAACGACGGUUCAGAAGUCGAUUGAUGCACUCUUAGCUACGACGGCAGGCGUUGAUAUCAUCAUAUGUGGAGUUAUGUCGUUCUACCUCCUUAAAAGCCGAUCGGUUUCGACAUUUCCAAGCACGACAAAGCCUCUCCUAGUCCUGUUGCGCUUUGUUGUCGUAUCGGGAUUGGUCACUACUAUGUGCGCACUUGCAAUUCUUAUCGCGUUCGUGGCUAUUCCGGACUCUCUUGUAGCUGACGGGAUCGCGAUACCCCUUCCAGGAGUUUAUCUCAACUCAUUGUUGGCGAUGCUGAACAUGCGAAAUACCUCCCAAGAGGAUAUCUUGAUUUUCAAGAGUAGCAGUGACGAGUUGAAGUUUAAAUCUCGGAGUACCACCUCGGCCCCUGAUAUACCUACAGAGGAACAGGACGUCGGUUCAUCAAUGGCUAACUUAUGCUCCAACACAGCAAUGGCGGAACAGACGGAUGUACCAGAUUUGGAGGUCUGAGUUCUGGAUAUUCAUCUCAAUUUUCGGUGAUGAAAUCGAAACUCCAACAGCAAAUAUACUACCAAAUGUAAUAAAGUCCCCAUUCGUUAGAUACUUUGCGUCUCUCAUUGGUUCUGAAUCUCAUAUGCCCCUUAUACUGCAUUAUAUGCUACACUCCUUCGAUCUGCACCGAGGUUUUAACGUAAAUCGAACCAUAUAUCAAUAUGGCCCAGCACGCUACGCCCGAGAAAGCCGGGAUACCAUCGACCCACUACUUCUAACGCCCGCAAGGGUCUCCGUUUCUCCAAACGAGCCGUUCAUGUUCGGAUUAUCGCUAAACUCGAUGGUACCCAAAUUGAAUACACUGUUCGAUGGCCGUUCCGAGUGAUUGCCUUUGUCCCCAAAUGUGAACACGGCAGUCUCGUUUAAUUC